CCGGGCGGAGAGCGGGCGAUUUUGUGACGUAAGACGCCGGUUGCGCGGCGGCCUCCGUACGUUACGCACAGACGUAAGAUCACGGCGCUGCGUCCCUCCUUGCCCCUCCGAAUGAAAGGGAUGGUCCCAGCGAGCGAGUGCCUUUGAGACGGGCGGCAGUAGCGGCGGCUCCCGUUCCCGUCGCAGGGGCUGCCUUCCUUCUCUUUCUCUCCCAUCUGGCCCGCAGCCAUAAAGAUUGCAGUGGUAUUCUUCAGGCGAUUAAAAAAAAUCAUGUCAGGCUCAGUUGGACAGAAAAAGGGGCCUGGGAGACAGCGCAAGUGUGGCUUCUGUAGAUCUAAUAAAGAUAAUGAAUGUGGGCAGCUACUGAUGUCUGAAAACCAGAAGGUGGCAGCACACCACAAAUGCAUGCUGUUCUCAUCUGCCUUGGUAUCUUCACACUCUGAUAACGAGAGUCUUGGAGGCUUUUCCAUUGAAGAUGUGCAAAAAGAAAUGAAGAGAGGUACCAAGCUGAUGUGUUCGUUGUGCCAUCGUCCCGGGGCAACCAUUGGUUGUGAUGUAAAAACCUGCCACAAGACCUACCACUACUACUGUGCAUUGCAUGAUAAAGCUCAGAUUCGAGAGAAACCUUCUCAAGGCAUUUACAUGAUAUUGUGUCGAAAACAUAAGAAACCGGCCCACAACUCAGAAGAUUUAGGUGAAAGUCUUAAUGAACAUGAAUUGGAACCAUCACCUCCCAAAAAGAGGGGGCGCAAAGGAAGGCCCAGAAAAAUGAGUCUGAAAGGACAGUCAGAAGACACUCGAUCAACAUCUUCGCAUGGCACAGACGAUGUAGAAAGCAGCUCUUACAGAGACAGAUCACCCCACAGAAGCAGUCCCAGUGAUACAAAACCUAAAUGUGGAUUCUGUCAUGCAGGUGAAGAAGAAAAUGAAGCUAGAGGGAAGCUUCAUAUAUUCAAUGCCAAAAAGGCAGCUGCGCAUUAUAAGUGCAUGUUGUUUUCUUCUGGCACUGUACAACUGACAACAACAUCAAGGGCGGAGUUUGGUGACUUUGAUAUUAAAACUGUGCUUCAAGAAAUCAAACGAGGGAAGCGAAUGAAGUGCACACUGUGUAGUCAGUCUGGCGCAACUAUUGGAUGUGAAAUCAAAGCUUGUAUCAAGACUUACCAUUACCAUUGUGGAGUGCAAGACAAAGCAAAAUACAUAGAGAACAUGUCUCGAGGAAUUUACAAGCUUUACUGUAAAAACCAUAGUGGGAAUGAUGAAAGAGAUGAAGAGGAUGAAGAGAGAGAAAGCAAAAGUCGUGAAAAGUCUGUAGCUGACCACAGUGGAGUUCCUCAGCAGCAGCAGCUCAAUGGAAACUAGGUAUGGAAGCUCUCAGCUGACAGCCCUCUUCCUGAGAUGCCGCUGUACCACUGACCUAGUUGUUAAGAGUGGUAAGACAUUUUAAACUGAGCGUAAUGCCAAUAAAUUAGUUUUUUUAAUAAAAACUGGAGUCCUGUUGCACAAGAACUGGGGUUAUUUCUCAAAUUCAGCUGACUUUGUAAAAGAAAGGCCCUUGCUUCUGCCAAUAAACAUAGCUGUAAUGUCCAAUCUGGUAAUAUGCUUUCCUCUUUUAUUUUUCUGCUAUCUUAACAUUUACUCUUUUCCCAUCGUCUUUUUAUUUUUAAACAGGUUCAAGGGACAGAGUAAAACUGGGAAUGAAUAAAACAUCCAUAACUGCUAAUGUUUUUAGAAAAAAAUGCUUUAAGGUCAGAUAAGGGUUGGUAACUUUUUUUACCCUGCCCAACUGUUAGGAAAUGUCCUUGAACUGCCUGAAACGUUCAUGUGUGUGAGCCAUCAAUAAGCGGCAGCGUUUCUUCAUGUCAAUAUAAUGUAGUUAGUUGUCUGCAGUGUCUGGAGAAAAACAGCAACCCUGAAAUACUAUAUAAUUGAUAUGUAACAUGUACAGUGUCAAAGCUGAGGCAGAUGUGGAAAUAGUAAAUUUUCUUUUCUAGACCGAAUAAGAGAUUUGGGCUAUGUGAAUUCAGUGGAUGGAUUUGUGUAUCAUGGAAAGGUCUUGGGUUUAAUUUACAAAGUAGACUUGCCUCUGAUGGCAACAAGUUGGUGAAUGUGUGCAUUUUCACAUUGACCUUCGCACACAAACCAUAGAGAGGAGCUAGGAGGGAAGGUGCUCCCCCCCCCCCCACCUUUUGGCAGAAGGACCCAGUCAAGAAAAGAACUGGAGCUUCAGAAGUAUGCUUGAACCAUUUACUAGGAUAAUGGUUUCUACUGCCUAGCAUUCCUGGCUGGAGAUCUCUUGAACAGCUGUUGACUAAACUGUGAGCUUCAGUACUCGUGCCAAAGGGCUGUAGUUCAUUCUUUUGACCCUGGUCAUCCUCCUUGGCCUUGUCCCUGCUUUACCUAGAACCUGUCACAUUUUACAACUGAAAAUGAUAAUGUUCAUGUCUGGAAGCUACAACAUCCCCUUCACAUCACUUCUUAGAUUUCAAAAUUACUGCUCAGCUCUCACUAUGGAAAUUAGCCACCUUAUUGGACAUCAUACCUCAAUAUAUAUACACAUACACACACACACACACAGAGAGAGAGAGAGAGAGAGAGAGAGAUCGAUCCUGUAUGCUGUAAGAAAAAUGCGGAAUAACUCUGGAUUUUCUUUGCUUUUUGGUUUUACAAACAGAGGUCAGUAUUUAUUUUGAGUCUUGUGACCACUAUAUGAGAAUGUUUUAGUAUUUGAUUAUGGUUUCCUGGGAGAUCAGCAAGUUGAAUACUGUUAAAAAUCUGAGUGUUCUAUUGGAAUCUGAUUAGCUUGAUAUUAUGCCAAGGCCAAACAUCUUGGUUAUAAUGGUAUUUCUUAACUCUAGUAGUUUCUCCCAUUGGUCUAGUAAAAAAAUAUUGUUUUAUAAAUACAACCAAAAAGUCAUACUAGUUAGCAAGCUAGCAAAACUCACUUCAGAUUUUAUUAUCUUUUGAAAAUAUAAGGCAACGCAACAAAUAAAAAUGACAGUGCAGUUUGACAGCAAAGUGACAGACAUUCACUUGCAAUGGACACUGCAGAUUUUCAUGAUACGAUUCUGUUUCUGAAGCCUUGUUUAAUUUUGUGGGAUUUUAAUUUUUAACCUUUUAUUGUCCUUUUGUAUAAUGCAUUUCAUUAUUGUCUAAAGGGACUCAAUUGUUGUAUAAUAGAACUUCAGAGACUCUCAAGCUGGAAUUCAAUCCAUUUGGUUUGAAAAUUUCCUGGAAGAGUUCAGAUUUAGCAGAAAAAAUGUGUAUAAAAAUAAAUCUGUUUCCUGCUGUUAUGCUGCUGACCAAUUUUUUAAAAUUUUGUAUUGUAAUGGUCAAGAUUAAAGGCGCAACUUGUACUGAAA